ACGCGUGGCUGGAGAAAAACUCGUGGCUGGAGAAAAAUAUUUAAAAAUGGAUAAGAUAAUAAAAGAUAAGGAUGAUAAAAUUAUGAAGCUGCAGGCUCAAUUUUUUCAACAGCACAGAAUCUUAGAUGACAACAAAACUAAGGAUGCUCAAACUUUGUGUCUACAAGCUCAGUUACUGGAAAAUAACAAAUUAGAACUGGACACUUUCAAAACAGUGAAGGAGGUUUUUCCAAACUCAUCCCUAACUGAACGUGAGGAUGAGUUGGCAUUAGGCAAACACAGUCAGUUAUUCAGUCUACCACCUGACAGUGUGUUAAAGUUAAAUUCUGUUAGUGCUGCACAAAAAGAAUCGUUAGUAAUAAGCCCAUGCAGUGAAGGAAGUGAACAAUUGUGGGACCGUAUUUGGGCCGAAAAUGGGUGUGGUACGGAAACCAAGAUAUGGCACAAGUUCAACAUGAAACAUGGAUUAGAAUUUAAUGGGGGAUCAAAUCAAGUCUGGAAGUGUUACAGGAUGGAAGAGUCAGCCUACAGAUGAAAAAACACUGAG